UUGGAUCAUCUGGGGUGAACGUGCGUGAGCUCAGAGGUCUUUAAAAGUUAGACAGAGGACGUUUCUGCCAACGCCUUUCCUCCUCUCUUCUUCUUCUUCUCGGGGCUGGGACACUUGAGUUCACACCAACCGGGCCAGGAGCUUCCGGACCGGGCUUCACUUCCAGCUCCUGGGCUGCUGACGGACUGUCCGAGGCUGAGAAAGCUGCAGAGAGAGCGGUCAUGGGCUGCACGAUCAGCGCCGAGGACAAGGCUGCGGUGGAGAGGAGCAAAAUGAUCGACAAAAACCUGCGAGAAGACCUGCAGAAAUCAUCCAGAGAAGUCAAACUGCUUCUGCUCGGUGCUGGGGAAUCUGGGAAAAGCACGCUUGUAAAGCAGAUGAAAAUCAUUCACGAGGACGGCUACACAGAAGAUGAGCGCAAGCAGUACAAAGUGGUGGUGUACAGCAACACCAUCCAGUCAAUCAUGGCCAUAAUCAAGGCCAUGGGACAGCUCAAGAUGGAUUUUCAGAAUCCUGUACGGGAGGAUGAUGCCCGGCAGCUGUUUGCCCUGGCAAGCACAGCGGAGGAAGGAGUGAUGUCUGGUGAGCUGUCCGGUGUAAUUCGCAGACUGUGGAUGGACAGAGGAGUUCAGGCCUGCUUCGAUCGGUCGCGAGAGUAUCAGCUCAACGACUCUGCUGCAUACUACCUGAACGACUUGGAAAGGAUCUGCGAGCCCAGUUACAUCCCAACCCAGCAGGAUGUUUUGCGUACACGUGUGAAGACCACUGGGAUCGUGGAAACUCACUUCACCUUCAAAGAGCUUUACUUCAAGAUGUUUGACGUCGGGGGUCAGCGCUCGGAGAGGAAGAAGUGGAUCCACUGCUUCGAGGGAGUCACAGCGAUCAUUUUCUGCGUGGCUCUUAGUGACUACGACCUCGUCUUGGCUGAGGAUGAGGAGAUGAACCGGAUGCACGAGAGCAUGAAGCUGUUCGACUCAAUCUGCAACAACAGAUGGUUCACGCACACCUCCAUCAUCCUCUUCCUCAACAAGAAGGACCUGUUUGAAGAGAAGAUCAGCAGGAGUCCGCUCACCAUCUGCUACCCUGAGUACAACGGUGGAAACGCAUACGACGAGACAGCCACUUACAUCCAGUGCCAGUUUGAAGGCUUAAAUAAACGAAGGAGCACAAAGGAUAUCUACACCCACUUCACCUGUGCCACAGACACCAAGAAUGUGCAGUUUGUGUUUGAUGCUGUCACCGACGUCAUCAUCAAGAACAACCUGAGGGACAUCGGGUUCUGAGCUACCUUCCAGGCUUUUUUUAAAGACUAAGGACUUCUGGGAUGUCUUGGUUGCAGAGGAUGGUUUGGAAAGUGUUUUUUAUUCUAAGGACUAAGCCUGUGGCCACGGUGCACGCAGGCUCUAAACUACAUCCGUGACCACAUUUAUCAAUAAAUUCUAAACGGUGGAUUGCUUCUGAGAGAAAGUUGUGAAAUGAUUCCUGUGAGUCCUGUCAUGUUACAUAUCUUUGCAUCGUUCAUUGUUUGUAUCUACACACGGACCAUUUCCUGUAGCUUCACAGCUAAAAAUAAAAUUCU